AUGCAGUACCUUGCUAGUCCUUCUUCCACUUCCAAAGACUGUACUGUCGAUGGCGCACCUCGUGAGGUCGCGCCGUUCCUCAAGAGCUUGCGCCGCAUGCUCCAGGAGGAAAGUGCUGCCGUCUUGCGUUGGACGGCCGACGGCAGGGCGUUUGAGAUCCACGACAUGCACGCGAUGAUGGCGCACGUGCUGCCGAAAUACUUUAAACACUGCAAGUACACGAGCUUCCAGCGCCAGCUCAACUACUUCAGCUUCCGCAAAUGGACCAAGUCCAAGGCCAUUGUCUGCACGUUUUCGAACGACUUUUUCCUGCGCGAUCAGCCGGAACUUGCCUGGCAGAUCACACGGAAAAAGUCGCUGAGCCCGCAGUCGCUCAGCAAGUACCGCUCGUCUGCAGCGAGAGCGUCCGUCCUGCCGUAUUGGAAGAAAGAGUGCUGCUCUUCAGUCCUGUCGUCGACGCCGCACCCGGUCUCGGACACCCCGUACGUGCUGGUACCAGAUGACGCUAGAUGUCGCCUCCCCUUCUCGUCCUCACUGGACACCAGCUUGACAGUGAAGCAGCACGAUGUCCGCCAGGCGCAGCAGAGCCGACGUUACAAUGGCUUCAACUUCAUGGCACCUGCUGUUACUUGCCCUGCAGCGAGGAGCUACGACUCGACGGCAACUGACAGUGCUGAGCAAAACGAACCGCUCGACUGGAUCGACUGCUUGUUGCCGCCGACGAACGACCCGUACAUGUGCCUGUACCCACUGCAAGCUGCGACUGCCUCGCCGUACACGAUGACCCCUAUGAACAUUCGCAAGAGCUUUGAGUUCAUGCCGCCUAGUCUCUAA